UUAUUUACUUUUAAGGCUAAAGAAGAUGAAAUCUCCCUGGAUGAUAUCAAAAAAGUUGGCGACGGUAGGUAAAUAACAAGAUUAUCCUGGUAUAAUUUAUCACAUGAUAAAUGUUAGGUUACAUAUUAUUAAUGUAGAUUAAUAAUGCAGAACUUACCUUAUCUCUAAUUUGUAGUGUUAAGGAAGUUAAAUGAUGGAUGGAGUGGUCCAUUUCCUAUCAGAGUAGAAAACAAGGUUUGCUUCAAAUACGAUAUUGUUUUCUUUAUCUUGUAUUAUUAAAAAAAAAUGGAAUAUGCAUUAAUUUUGUGUUUUUCAGUGUGACACUAGCCUCCCUGCAGACGUCCUUUGGGGUUUGUUUGUCACACAUUCAUUUCUCCCCCACGAUGUCUGCUCAACACAGCCAACAUUUACGUUCUUGUUUGUUUGAAUAAGCCAAUAAGCGGUUAGUUAUUGUGUCACGAUCAGCCAAUAACGAGCUGCGAUACAACUGAAACGGCACCUACGAAUUAUUUCUCACUUUUUCAGAGGAAUAUUAUUUUAUUCCAUGCCAAUGCAUGGAUGAGACUCCAAAGAAAGUUGUAAGAAGUGAUUUUUUUUGUUUUCUUUGCAGCUGUAACUUAGGAAAGGACCAAGUUUGUGUGUUUAGAAAAAGCGCAGUCAACAUCACAAGCCUCAUCAAACGUGCUCUGGACGUUGAUGUGUCUUUGUAUUCUUCAAGUGAAUUAUUUAUUUGCACAGCUAUCUUCUACCUGAGACAACUCAAAUGUUUUGAAAAAAUCACAGAAAUAAUGCAAUAAAGCUGUAGUCAGCUGUACAGUUUUUCCGGAAGUUGUUGUAAGUAUAAAACAAUCUGCUUUUCUUUGAAAGACUACAGAAAACAGUGUCUCACACGAGCGUGGAGCGGUUUUCAGCGCGGUUGAAAACAGUUACUAUUAACUCUGUAUAUAUUUGAAGUAUUAAGAAAAGAGAACUUGGAAAUGUGGAUAGGGAAGAUUUUCAAAGCAUUCUUUGAAAACAAAGGCUGUUUCCUUUUUUGCAAAAUGUAAUUUCACCAAGGUCAUGGGUCACGGACCAAGCACCAAUACGCGAAAUUUGGUUGUAUUUUCUCAAGAGUCGGUAAAACAAAAAAUUCUAAGUCUACAGCAAUGUGCUUCCAGCGGCAGAAAAAGGUUAUCUGAAAACUUGUUCUGCAAAAAGGCACGUCUUCCCGUUGCAUUUCAUUUAUUCACAAGCUAAGUAAACAUGACCCCGGUGCCGCCAAAGUCCAAAACUUCAAGCUAGAAUGACAAAUUAACCUACCUGUCAACAAACUUUAAUUUGGCUCCUUCAAUGAAAGAAAGAAUGCUUAUAAUCAAUAAAUCAUUGGACCUUUCAUUUUUCACCAUAUUUUAUUUCUCAACGAAAUAUUUAAUCAUGCUGCAGCUUGGAAAAGUCGCGGACCAAGGCCAACAUACCAACUGAGCAAGUCACUCGCUAACAUUUCCUGCACCGAUCAAUCUUCGACCAAGCUUCUGGGCUUCCGCAAACAACAAAGAAAGCCCCUCUCUCGACAACCCUCAUAUUUUCUUCGCUAAUAUCACUGAGCGUCACAGCAGGAAUACCAAUAUUUGCCACCUUUGUAGCUUGAUCUUUCAUAAGAUUUACCAGGGGCGAAACAACAACAACAAUAUGUCCAGUAGUUCUACGCACUGUGUCGCAAAAAAGCGGCAAAGCUUGAUACAUAAGGGAUUUGCCAAAUCCCGUCGGCAAAUUUAUGAACUCAUUGGUCUUCUUUAUAAAAUUUGCAGGAUAGCUUCUCUCUGAUACUUGUUUAACUCUCUAUUUAUUACAAAUUUCUCGCACACCCGAUCAAAAGCCUCACUGAUCGUGUGAAUCUGAACAAGCGGCUCGGGUUACGUUUUACAAAAAUCCUUAAACAGCCUGUGAUUGGUGAACAUAAAUGUCGGCUGUGUUUAGCAGACGUCCGUGAGGAAGAAAUGAAUGCAUGACAAACAAACCCCAAAGGACGUCUGCAGGGAGGCUAGUGUGACUCUGAUAUUCAUUUCCUUCAUCCUAUUUUGAUUUAUCUCACCUACACUGUACAUGUUCAAUGUGGCUCAGUGCAAGCUGCACUGAUAAUUCACUUCAUUAUAUAAAUACCAAUGAAAUACCACGUGAGCUUUCGCAUGAGGACACAUCUUCACACGUCAAAAUAACAUGUUAUCUUCACAAUGAAAAGAGCACUGUUGCUAUGGCUACAUAAUAAAUUGCACCUUGUGCAGCAAGAAAAAAUAUAUGAAAGUGAAAUGGUUUGGUAUUUCAUUGGUGUUUCUAUAAUCAAUAGAACAUUACAUGACCACUUGGAGAUACAAAAUUUUUCUUCUUGUGUUAAAAAAUAUUUUACUCGUUUGCUGCUCUCACCCGUGAAAUAGUUUUGAACACUCGAAGAGAAAUUUUGUGUCUCCACGCGGCCAAGUAACAUCAUCUAUACCUUGAAUGAGUUUUGGAAAUCUUAUGCAUAAAUUGACAAAAAAUAACAAUUAAAAUUAUGAACUCCAGCUUGAAUUUUUUCAAGCAUUUUUUAUCAUUCUAGAGGUAUAUCUCACACUCCAGACAGUGUUUCAUCAGAUAUCCCUGACAACUUGAACUCUUUUGGCUGUGCAUCUUUUUUUCUCCUGGUGUCUGGGUACCAAAUUUUUUUUUUUUUUUAAAUAACAUUUAUUCAAUCAACAAUCAACAAUUAAAAAUACUUACAAACACUACGAUACUUACACUACUUACAAUACAAUAUUUAGAAUACAAUAGACUAAGGUACUUACUCUGUUUACAAUGUAAAGACUUACAAUACUCAGUACUUACAACUCUACCUACUCACUACUCACACUACAAUGCACUAUUUACAAGCAGUUCUAAUUAGUAAUUGUACUUCAAAACCAACAUUCACGGUAAACGCACUUAUAUCUUAUCACGGUAAACGCACUUAUAUCUUAAGUGUCUUAAAGAGGCAGCGAUUGUGAAGCAAAAGAUACACCAGGUUAAUGCUGGAGAAAAUGAGCAGAGGAUCGAGAUAUACAAAUGUAUACAAAAUCAAAGGCUUACUGAAAUAAGGAGCUCACAUUUUCCAUUAUUCAAAACGCAGCUUUCUGGGCAGCAAUAGAAAAGGUUUAGCCAUUUUAAGAUGCUACUACCAAAACCAAAAUGUUGAAAGGUUUUCCUAAUGAAAGGCCAUUCUAUCGUGUCAAAAGCUUUUUCAAAAUCUAAAAACAAAAGUAAUCCUGGUAUAUUGUUUUCUUUAGCGUAGCAAAUAACGCUAUCGAUAAGGCGGAUGUUUUCUCCGAUAAAACGACCUCUUAUAAAGCCAGUCUGGUCGUAAUUAAUGAGAUCAGGGAGGAGAGGUUUCAAGCGAUUAGCAAUUGAUUUUGCCGCUAUUUUAUAGUCGCUGUUCAGGAGGGUUAGGGGUCUCCAAUUCUUAAUAAAGAACGGUUCUGCGUCCUUCUUAGGGAUAAGUUUGAUAAUUCCUCUUCUCUGGGUUAUUGAGAGUUUUCCAGUUUCAUAAGCGUAGUUCAGUGCGCUAAUUAGGGUGCUGGAUACAUCUUUCCAAAACACUUUGUAAAAUUCGGCUGGUAGGCCGUCAGUCCCAGGGGUCUUUUCUGAUUCCAUAUCUCUUAAAGCCUCAAGGCACUCUUUUUCAGUUAAAACUCCUUCGCACGUAGUUAAUUCAUAUUCGUCAAUGGCUCUUUCAUCACCACCCUCAAAGAAAACAGUUGUACUGGGACAAUUUCUGCGAGGGUCGUGAUGUUAACUGUGCUUUGGCUUACUAAAAAAAAAUCGAGCCUACAGUGUACUUUUGGAUGACGUGGUCUCCAGGUAAAUCUACUAGUGUCUGGGUGUAGAAUCCUCCAGACGUCUACCAGAUCUAGUUUCUCAGAGAAUUCUUGAACAACUUUAACACUAUUUUGGUGAGUUUUAGUAAGACCACCCAUCUUGUCCUUCUCUAAAUCCAAUACAAGGUUGUAGUCGCCUCCUAUAAUAAUAUCAUCACAUUUGAAAUCUGCAAGGUGAUCAAAGAAGUCAAGGAAGAAAGUUGGGUUGUCUUCAUUAGGAGCAUAUAUGUUCCCUAAAGUAAAACACUUUUCAUUGGUUUUAAUGUCGCAAAUAAUGAAGCGUCCUUGGGGGUCAGUGUAAGUUUUUUCUAUUUGAAAAUCGAAGUUGUUGUUGAAAAGAAUGCAUACCCCUGCUUUAUUGCUCUUAUAAGUACUAAAAAUAACUUGAUAGCCCCAUUCAGCAGACCAUACGUGAUUAGUAUUUUCAGUGCAGUGGACUUCUUGUAGCAUAUAUGCCGAGUAAUUUUUUUUGCGAAGCCAAUUAAACACCUCUCUACGCUUUGUAUUGUCUCUUAAUCCCCUGACGUUUAGUGAUGCUAUUGUCAAAGCCAUAGAUAUUCUCUUGGGCAGCUUUGCAGAGGAAGCCUUACAUCACCUGGUGUCAAAGCUCCACAAUCGCUGCACGGUAUGAUAGGAAUUUGCACUAGGCGUUUACUUCUAAAACAAAUGAUUAAGCUAUUAAAACAUAGAAACCAAACAGAACAUGCACAGAUAAACACAACUAAAUAAGAAACCUCUUCGUAAAGGGACAUGGGCGGGAAGCUAGGACUUUUACCUAGAAUCUUACAGACAGAUAAGAAAAACCGAAGCGCCAUCAGUUACGAACCUCUAUUCCGAUCGCCUAAAUAAUUAUCUAGCAAUUGAUAAUAACGGGUGGCAAAUGUGGUCAAACGAUACUAACGUGAUCUUGGUUACCUAAUGAGUAAUGACAUGAUGAAGAAGCAUUCUCACCUAUCUUGGUAUCUCGAGAGGUUUACCAACUGGCCAAAUUUUACCUUUUAUCAAGAGCUUAUCCGGUUGUGCCCGACUAAAAGAUGCAGGGAUGUUAUUUUUCCUAGCUUCUUUAAAAGUGUCCAUUUGCUUUCUUCUUCUUGCUACUAUUUCGUAGGGUAGAUCUUGAUACAUUUUAAAUCUGCUUCCUCGCAAACGGGAGCCCAAAGCUAGAAUUUCUUCACAGUUCUUAUAGCGGAGGAACCUUGCGAUAAUUUGCCUGGGCUUUUCUUCCUUCUUCUUUCCUAAGCGAUGAACCCUCUGUAUUUCAACGGUGCUUGCAUCUUUGUAUCCUAAUUCCGUCUCGAGGAAGGUGCGAACAACUAAUUCAGUGUCUUCUUUGUCUGUUUCUUGCACAAUAUUUUCAAAAAUUAUAUUUUCCCGCCUCGAGUAGGCUUCCAAAUAGAGAUUCUUGUCUUGUACCUCUUUCAGCUUAGCUUCUAAAUCAUCAUUUUUCUUCUGCAAAUCGGUUAAAGCGAGAUCUGUUUUCUCCUGGUAAAAUUUUAGACUCGCUGUCGAAUUCUGCUGUUGCUUCUCAGCUUUAUUUAAGCUUUCUUUCAAGUUCUCAAUGUCGUGGCUGGCGGUUGUUUGCGAAUAUUCCAGCUUCUGUAUUCUUCCUUCCAAUUUUUGAAGGGACGUUUGGACAUCAUUUGCUGUUGUUUGGAUAGCGUCUAGCUUUUCCAGCUUUCGAUUUAUCUCCUCCAAAGCUUUAUGAAAGCCUUCGGCCAUGUUCAAAACCGUAAAGAUUUCGUCUUCAACCUCGUGCUCCUCGACUUCUUCAGGAGAGUUUACUUCAUCACUCCUCGCUUUUUUUGCUUCUGGUGAAGUGCUCGACUCCUCUGAAGAGGAACGCUCGCUUCUUUUCCGUUCCAAGAUCUUUUUCAACAGUUCUUCCAUUUACCACCCGGGAAAAAAAGAAUAUGUGGCGGACGGAUCAAGGACACGUCUUACGCCAUUGCUACCCAGGCCCCUUUUUCUGGGUACCAAAUUUAACACAUUGCAUGAUCUUCAUUACUAACUUGUGAUUAUUAAAUUCAUUGAACAUUGGCCUGAGUAUCAGGCAUUUCUGUAGGAAAUAGGGAAGAGAGAAGAGUGAAGGGGAGACAGCGACUAUCCUCUCUGUCUUUCCUCCUCCCACCUCCUCCUCCACCCUCUAAGUUCUCCUUUCCCCUAACCCCUGAGGAAGGCUUUAUACUCAUGCUAAUUGAAUGCUGAUUCUCUACUGGAAUAUUUACCAUGUCAGUAAAUCAUACCAUGAUGUAAUAUAUUAUCUCCAUUUUUAUUUAUAUUAACAGUGGAUCUGGUAUAGCAGGAUAUGGAGAGGAAAAUGGAAGUGAAUUUGUCGCCUCAGCAGGUCAGCACAUGAGUUCGUAGUGAAAAGAAGUAAGCUUACUUUGUACUUAUACUGAAACUAUUUGUGGUUGUAUUUAUCCACGAAUGAAUGAACAGGAAAAUAUGGCUACCCUUUUUUUUUCAAGUUUAGCCAUUGUACCCCCACAGAAAAACUGGUUUUUAAUUGGUUUCCAAAACUGGCCAGAAUGUGUUGACUUUAAGUUACUCUUGCCUUUACAAAGUAGUUCGUCUAAGACUAGUUCUUCCAAACAAGAGGGGACGUCAAUAACGCAAGGGUCGUCCACGCAUGUAUAAUCAAGAAGAGGUAAUUUUGGCACUUGCCUAACAUACAAAACCGUUCUCCCAGUGAGAAAUAUCGUCGAGAGUAACGAGGGACUUCUUGACAUAUAUUUAUUUGUUAAUGUACUAUUGCAUUUUUUAUCUUGCCAUCCAAUAGUUAUAUUUCCUUUCACUGAUUAAACUUUUGCAAAAAGAAACUGAAUCGCUGUCGUUGCUUUGCAGCCGAGGGAGGGUCGUUGUUGCCAAGGAUACCAUAUGAAGAGGGAUUUCAUCGUUUUGUUGUGCGAAUUGACCGGAUCGGUCUAAAAGAUGCGCAUGUUUACCUAAAUCCUUUCAUCACUGUCUCUGUUAAAGGUACUGAUAAAACAUUUCGCUCUUUAGUUAACUGACGUUUACAAUCAUGCAUAGAAAGCGCGAACAUUGCGAUAUUGUGAAGUCUGCGUUAUACUUCGUUUUUCGUUAUAGUACAUGUGAAACGCGCGUGAAAUGCGUGCAAGAUUCAACUCAGUCCCUCUACCAGAAAAGUGGCGGGCUUGCAUUCUAUAGAGCUUGAAAUUUUGUCAGCCAGGAAAACGUUUUCUUCUUUGUCACCGGCCAGAAUGUUAUCUUCUGAGCAAGAAUGGAGUGAACCUAAAGCAUUAAUUCCGUUCACCUGUGAAGGGAAAGCUCCCGUGAAGGAAGCAAGCUGAAAUAACCAGUAUCAUUUCAUUUCUCCACCAACUAUUUUUUUUUCCUUAACUAUCCUGUCCCUGAAAAGAGGCGCUUAAUUGAAAUAUUCACCUUCACUAGACCGUGUCAGAGACAGACUGAGGCUGAGACUGAGACUGCGUGAGCAGUCUUUCUUUUUAGUGGAGGUUCACCGCGAGACACCAGAAAGAGGGCGUCUCGUCUCGUCUCAGAAAUAAGAGAGACUGCCUAACUUGUUACAUGGUUUUUUCAUUCCUGCAGACGCUAACAGUGUUAAUGUAGCCCCGCCCCAAGAUACACCCAUGUCAAACAGAAAAGAUGGAAAAUACAUCAACUUUGGUUUUGAUGUGGAGAUUCAAAAACCAAUAGAAAAGCUUCCAAGAGGUAAAAAUGAUAAUAAGCUGCGACGGAACUAUUCAAGGUUAACCUGCGAAGCAGACGCCGGUUUUGUAAGGGCGAACGGAGAAAUUUCGUGGACGCGCGUGCGUACUAGGGAGAACGUAAAACCUAACCACAAUACUUAACCAGCGCCUUCUACGCACGCUAAUUCCAGGCUAACGAACGUGUCUUUCUUUCGAGACGUUGAAAUGGUAAGAAAAUUUUUUUCCUCAUAAUUAAUUUUUUUGUUUUAUCCUGUCUUUCGUUCGAAGGUACAGCGAUAUUUUUCGAAUUCAAGCACUACAAACCCAAAAAAGACAUCGUCAGUACGAGAUGUUUCGCAUUCAUGGAACAAGAUGAGUUCAAGCCGGGUCCCGCCUGCAUAGAACUGUAAGUAGACAGGCUUUGUUUAUAAACGGCGAAGUUUUUGAUUUUUUUGUGGGUCUACUGGUUCCGUGUACAACGACUACCCCCUCAUUAGGGCUCACGAAAUACGCGAGCGCGCGUGAGAUUCGCUGCCCGCGAUGACAGGCUACACGCGGUGGAAGGAGAGAAAUGAGAGACCUUCGUCUUCUCUUCUUCCUCUGUCUCGCCAACGAGUGACUCCCUUUCCUGUUUUUGCUGUGUCUCCUGUGUCUCGCGGCGAUUUUCACCCGCGCUCGCGUACUUUCUGCACCCUAUUAUCCCUGAGAAAGUCUGUUCCAGAAGUUUAGAUUGUGGACACUGGCGCGAAAUCCCCCACUCGCCGCCCCAACUCUGCUAACUUCUCUUUGUGCACUGCACCCUGUCUCAAUCCCUGGAAAAGGCUGUCUCCGAAGGUAGUCAAGGACCGCUUGUAUUUUACUGAAUCUGCUAGCUUUCAAUUAACAAAGCUAACCGGAUUAACCUGUUCUUUUAGGUAUCAGAAGCCAACAGACUUUCACCGCAAGAGGUUAAAUCUGUUGACGCAAAAACCGCUUUAUCUUCAUGUCACACUCAACAUUCUUGAUGAUUAG